AUGUAUAUAAAAAAAUUAAAACACUUAAUAUCAAUAACUUUAGAUGAUUAUAGAAACGAGACAUACAGUGCUUAACACAAUUAAUUGAUUCGUUAAAAAAUAUGGCCAACUUUUAUUGCUUUGGUGAAAUUUUAUGCUAUAAUUGGAAUUAUAUACGUAAUUAUUUACAACUCAUUAUAUUUCUCCAGUUUUAAUAAGCCAUACACAACUUUUUAUUUUUAUAUCUAAUUUGUUGCUAUAGUUUUGUAUGUGGUUGCUAUUGAAAGGAUUAUUAAUUAUAUAAGGGAGUCUUAUAAAUUGACACUUAUGAUAUUUACAUUUAUUCUGAUUGAAACUUCAUUUUAAACAUUUUUUAUUGAACUUUAUUUGAAUAGUGAGGAAGAGAAUAGAUCAUUAACGAUUUGUUAGUUGUUUAUAAACUUAUUACUUGUAUUAGUGAUAGUUAGAACAAUCAAAUUAAGGAUUAUAAUAUUACUGAAAUUUUAUGCUUAUUUUUUAGCUAGAGGGAUCACUUUUCAUUUUAAGACUUUUCAAUCUGUAAAUAUCUUAUUUUUCUUAAUCUUGAUAUUAUACUUCUGGGAUUAGCAAUUAAUCAAUUUAAGCAAGGUUUCACAAUUUACUGACCAAACUUUGAAAAGUAUUCCGAGUGCUGUUUGUGUAUUAGAUUAGAAUUGUUAAGAUGUUCUAUUUACUAAUAAUUUUACAAAACGAUUGAUAAGUUCUUUGAAUUAUGGAGGACUUUCUGGAGGGACAAAAUCCAUUAAUCUAGCGCAAAAAUAAGGAUUUCCUUCAUAAGAAUCGAUUUUGAGCUCUAAAUCUGAUGAAAUAGUAUCAUUCUUCGAGAAUCUUUCUUUACCAUAGUCUGAAGUAACGGAAUAAUUUGAUCCCGAUAGUCUAAAUAGACUUGAAUCUAAAUUUGACUCUACUGAUCAACACUAAAUUAAUCUAAAUUAAGCUAUUACCUUGAUUAUGAACUUAGAAUAAUAGACCUAAGGAAGCAUAUAUACAUUAAGAUGUUAGUAUGAGAAUUAGAAUUAUUGUGAAGAAUAUCCAAUAAUAGUAGAGGCCAGAAUUAAAACUAAAUUAUAGUACGGUUUAAAUAAAAAUGCUAUUCUCUUAAAUCUCUAUGAUGUAUCUCCAAAUUUUAAAUCUUCUUAUUACAAGAAGCUGAAUUAAUUUAAAAGUCAGGUAAUUCGUUCCAUAUCUCAUGAAUUAAGAACCCGAUUAAAUGUAAUUUAAGGUUUUUUGCAAGUAAUUCAGUGUAACAGCCACAACUAUGAUAAAGAAAUGAAUAAGCUAUUGAGAGCUGCCUUUAAUAAUUGCAGAAUUCAGAACCUAAUAAUUAGUUCAAUUAUAAAUUAUAAUUUAAUAAGAGAAAAAAAGUUGGUCACCAAAUUAGAUAAAUGCAAACUGAUAUCUGUUAUAUAAGAAGCCAUUGACCUGUUUUAGGAAGAGGCUGAGAUGAAGAACAUAAGAAUAUUAUUUUCAAAAUUAAUAAAUUAAGUACAAAAUGAGAUGUUGGAUUAUGAGAAAUUUUANAAUAAGCCAUACACAACUUUUUAUUUUUAUAUCUAAUUUGUUGCUAUAGUUUUGUAUGUGGUUGCUAUUGAAAGGAUUAUUAAUUAUAUAAGGGAGUCUUAUAAAUUGACACUUAUGAUAUUUACAUUUAUUCUGAUUGAAACUUCAUUUUAAACAUUUUUUAUUGAACUUUAUUUGAAUAGUGAGGAAGAGAAUAGAUCAUUAACGAUUUGUUAGUUGUUUAUAAACUUAUUACUUGUAUUAGUGAUAGUUAGAACAAUCAAAUUAAGGAUUAUAAUAUUACUGAAAUUUUAUGCUUAUUUUUUAGCUAGAGGGAUCACUUUUCAUUUUAAGACUUUUCAAUCUGUAAAUAUCUUAUUUUUCUUAAUCUUGAUAUUAUACUUCUGGGAUUAGCAAUUAAUCAAUUUAAGCAAGGUUUCACAAUUUACUGACCAAACUUUGAAAAGUAUUCCGAGUGCUGUUUGUGUAUUAGAUUAGAAUUGUUAAGAUGUUCUAUUUACUAAUAAUUUUACAAAACGAUUGAUAAGUUCUUUGAAUUAUGGAGGACUUUCUGGAGGGACAAAAUCCAUUAAUCUAGCGCAAAAAUAAGGAUUUCCUUCAUAAGAAUCGAUUUUGAGCUCUAAAUCUGAUGAAAUAGUAUCAUUCUUCGAGAAUCUUUCUUUACCAUAGUCUGAAGUAACGGAAUAAUUUGAUCCCGAUAGUCUAAAUAGACUUGAAUCUAAAUUUGACUCUACUGAUCAACACUAAAUUAAUCUAAAUUAAGCUAUUACCUUGAUUAUGAACUUAGAAUAAUAGACCUAAGGAAGCAUAUAUACAUUAAGAUGUUAGUAUGAGAAUUAGAAUUAUUGUGAAGAAUAUCCAAUAAUAGUAGAGGCCAGAAUUAAAACUAAAUUAUAGUACGGUUUAAAUAAAAAUGCUAUUCUCUUAAAUCUCUAUGAUGUAUCUCCAAAUUUUAAAUCUUCUUAUUACAAGAAGCUGAAUUAAUUUAAAAGUCAGGUAAUUCGUUCCAUAUCUCAUGAAUUAAGAACCCGAUUAAAUGUAAUUUAAGGUUUUUUGCAAGUAAUUCAGUGUAACAGCCACAACUAUGAUAAAGAAAUGAAUAAGCUAUUGAGAGCUGCCUUUAAUAAUUGCAGAAUUCAGAACCUAAUAAUUAGUUCAAUUAUAAAUUAUAAUUUAAUAAGAGAAAAAAAGUUGGUCACCAAAUUAGAUAAAUGCAAACUGAUAUCUGUUAUAUAAGAAGCCAUUGACCUGUUUUAGGAAGAGGCUGAGAUGAAGAACAUAAGAAUAUUAUUUUCAAAAUUAAUAAAUUAAGUACAAAAUGAGAUGUUGGAUUAUGAGAAAUUUUAAAGUAUUUUGAUCCAUAUAAUUUCAAAUAGUAUAAAAUUUAAUAAUAAAAGCGGAUAAAUUUUUAUUACAAUUACAAAAGAGAAUUAGGAAAAGGAAAAGGAUAAAUUAAUCCAUAAUAAAGAGAAUGACAAGAGAACUCUAUAACCUUCUUAGGGUUCUCAACUAUACAGAAGUUCUUAGGAUGUCAAUGAGAGCUCAUUUCAUUUUCCGUUAAGAAAAGCGACUGCCUACAAAUAACAACUAAUAAAUCCUUCAAGUUCAUUCUCAAAUGCCUAACCACAACAGACAAAUACUCAUUUAUACGAAUAUUACUUAAUCGAAAUUCGAGACAAUGGAAUGGGAAUAGACCAAUAGAAAUUAGAAGCAAUAUAGAAUUUGUUGAAAAAUGAAGAGAAAGCAUUUCAAGAUCUAGAUAGAGAUUCUGCUUCAGGUAUGAUGCUUGGGUUGAGAGCAUCAAAUGCUUUAAUUAAAUAUAUUAGUGGAAAGGAAGAGGACAAUUAUAUCACAAUAGAUUCAGUGUUGGAUUAAGGAACUACUGUUUGUAUUCAUUUGAAAUGCAGAAUUACUCAAUUAACAGAAGGAUUCAUGCCAAGUGACUUAUAUAAUAAGGAGAGUUCUUAGAUUGAAUUGGAAGGGAAUAUUCCAGACAUUGAGAGCCAAUCUUUUAAAUUUAACAUCUGGACAGAUCCAGAAAUUAGCAGUAGAACCAAUAUGAUUAGCAAAACAAAAAUAUCUUCAUCAAACCAUAUGAAUAUGACUAAUAAAAAAGGGAGUAUAUAGAUGUUUAAUAACAACAUUUCUAGCUUUUAUAAAAAUAUGGAGGGGAGUCUCUUUAAGAGCAUUAGUUGCAUUUGUGAAUAGAAAAUUGUAAUAGUUGAUGAUGAACCAUAUAAUUUAUUAGUUUUGGAAUCAUUACUUAAAUAAUUAGGAUAUCAAUCAAUUAAAGCUGAUAAUGGAAAGCAGUGUGUUCAACUGAUCGAAAACAGUAUAUCUUAAUUUGAUGAACAUAAAUGUCUAGGAUUCAAGGCAAUUAUUAUGGAUUAUCAAAUGCCAAUUAUGAAUGGAUAAGAAGCGACUUAAAAAUUAUAGGCCAUAUUUAAAGAUUCACCUAGAAUCCAAAUUCCUAUAUUUGGAUUGACGGGAUUUUCGGGAGAGGAUGAUUUAAUCAAUUUAAUAGAUGCUGGAAUGAAAGAAGUCUAUAUCAAACCUAUAACUCUAAAAACAUUGGAGGAAAUGAUUAAUAAUUUAAAUUUGGUAGAAUGUAAAGACACUCCAUGCCUAUCUUCGAGGCAAUUUUAAUGUUUCGAAUUAAAUUAUGCAGAGGAUUUAGAAUAGUUAGCUCAUGAAUGAUAGUUAUUAAUUAAUUUAUAUGUAAAUUAGUAAUAAUAGUUAACAGUUAGCACUCACUAAGAUUCAAAAUGCAGCAUUUAAUGUCUAAUAUUCUCCUUUUAGACUUCUAAAUAUCAAAUACACAGAAGCCUCCACUUAAAGGUUGAUUGAAGAACCCAUUAAUACUAUCCAAGUAUUUUAAAUCCAGAGUAGCAACUAUGAAGAGCACUUCAACGCAAAAAAUAGUAAACAACCUAAACAGCCAAAGGAAUAAGUGAAGGUCAUAUCAAUUGAUUUAAAACUAUAAAAGAAAAGAUAUAGAACAUCUUCAAAAGAGAAUCUAUCAGAUUAUCAAAAAAAGUUGAUAAAUGAUAUAUAAAAAAUUGAAAAAGAAAUCCUAAAUCUCAGUUGA